AUGCAGCAGAUUGCUCAGAGCUACCAAGACGUGAAGCCUGAGGGCGACGCCACGUACAGCCAGCAGCUCGAUCAGUUAAAACGCGCCCUCGCCUCCCACGCCGACAACUCCAAGCAGCCGCAGCAGCAGCAGGCCGCCCAGCCGGCCGCGAACGACCGCCAAACGAAAGCAGUUGCAGAUGAGCAUCGAGCAGCAGAGCACACGCUGGAGGGAGGCGCCGCCGUGGUGUUGGGGGGUGGGGCCACCGGCAGCGCGGUCAUGCUAACCCACGCCUCCACCAUCAUAAGCAAUGCAGCUUCCAAUACUUAUGAGGAGUGCGUGGCGGGGCAACAAUUAUCAGAACAAGAACCACUGCAGUCGCGAGGGAUUGCUUUCUCCGCCUUCAGAUCUGCCAUCCAGCCCAGCUGGUAUUGA